GAGAUGAGGCGAGCCGGCUCCACGUGCAGCGCGGGAGGCCGGUUUCCCCGGCCCGAGAUUUAGGGGAAUCACGUGCUAAAUGGGGGGGUGGUAGACUUGGGGGAAGGGGUUAGAUUUUACAGGGAUGGGAAGCUUAUCUCAGCAGUUCCCAAAAUGGGGCCAGAGUGCCCCGCCCUGCGGAAAUGAAAAGGAUGAAGCGCGCGGGGCGGGGGCGGGUCCCGUUGAUGAGAACUAGAGCGUGGGCUGAGAAGAUCUUCCCGACCGAGAUGGAAGACUCUACCGGCUCGCGGGACUCCCUCACACGGUUAUUGCGGGCCGGACGGGUCUCCUAGGCCCCUCCCCCGGCCCCCUGCCCCCUUCCUCCCCACCCCGGAGCCAACCCCCGCCUCCUCCCUGCGCACCGCCCCUCCCGCGCGCCGAUAUAAAGCCGCUGCCGGUGGUCAGUUCUUCAUUGCGCGCUUCAACCUCCUCCGAGGCUGAGAUUUUCUAGGCACCCAGCCGAGAGACAGCUAGGCAGCCCUUCCAGACCCCCGGACGCCGGAUCCUGCUGCAGACCUCGUGUCUCCCGCCGGCUCCUUGUGUUUUCCUCUACGGUCCCGGGCACAUAGUAUGAUCAUUAGGUGUUCAGUUUCCCAACAACUUUCUAUGGAAAAUCAAGGGAAGUGGGCCAUGGUUGCCGUGAGCAACUUUGAACAGCGGGACACCUUUAGAGAAGCUUGAUCAAGGUGCCAUCAUCGUGAGACCCUCCAGAUCAGGACUCUGGCAGAGUUCCUCUAUCUCGUCUUGCUCAAUCAGUGGAGGUUGUCUUUCCAUUUCUCCUCUGCCUCCUGGGAAGUAGCAGAAAGCCAGCAUUCAUCAUGGUUGGAUUUAAGCCUACAGAUGUGCCUCCAACAGCCACCGUAAAGUUCCUCGGGGCUGGCACCGCUGCCUGCAUCGCUGACCUCAUCACCUUCCCCCUGGACACAGCCAAAGUCCGGCUGCAGAUUCAAGGAGAGAGCCAGGGGGCUAUCCGAGCUUCCUCUACCAAUGCCCAGUAUCGGGGUGUCAUGGGCACCAUUCUGACCAUGGUGAAGACUGAGGGCCCUGGCAGUCUGUACAAUGGGCUGGUGGCUGGGUUGCAGCGCCAGAUGAGUUUUGCCUCUGUCCGCAUUGGCCUUUAUGACUCUGUCAAGCAGUUCUACACCAAGGGAUCUGAGCAUGCAGGCAUCGGGAGCCGCCUCCUCGCAGGCUGCACCACAGGGGCACUGGCAGUGGGCGUAGCCCAACCCACAGAUGUGGUGAAGGUACGUUUCCAGGCCCAGGCUCGUGCAGGUGGCAGCCGGAGAUACCAGGGUACAAUGGAUGCCUAUAAGACCAUUGCCCGAGAGGAGGGCCUUCGGGGCUUAUGGAAAGGAACUUCACCUAAUGUUGCCCGCAAUGCUAUCGUCAACUGUGCUGAGCUGGUGACCUAUGAUCUCAUCAAAGAUGCCCUCCUGAAGGCCCAUCUCAUGACUGAUGACCUUCCAUGCCACUUCACAUCAGCCUUUGGGGCUGGCUUCUGCACCACCAUCAUUGCUUCCCCCGUGGAUGUGGUCAAGACGAGAUACAUGAACUCUGCCGCGGGCCAGUAUGCCAGUGCUGGCCACUGCGCCCUCACCAUGCUUCGAAAGGAGGGACCCCAAGCCUUCUACAAAGGGUUCAUGCCUUCCUUCCUCCGCUUGGGCUCCUGGAAUGUAGUGAUGUUUGUCACCUACGAGCAACUGAAACGGGCCCUGAUGGCUGCUCGCACUACCCGGGAAGCUCCUUUCUGAGCCCUCUCCUGCUAGCUUUUCUGCUUUGAGUCCAGACCCCAUCCUGCCUCUCCUCCCCUGCCUUAGCAUUGAAGGAACCCCCUCCACCUUGGCCCCAUUUAAACCUUCUCCAGCCUACUUCUGCCAUUACAGCCUCACCCAGUUCUUAAGCUCCUUCUAAUAAAGCCAGACCAGAACCCACA